AUGGGCGACCAGGGGGGAAACAACAAUUCCAGCACUGCCUUGCCAGACUGCAGUUUGCCUGGUGAUAUAAUGGAGGAGAUACUGGUGCGUCUUCCAGUGAAGGUGCUGCUCCGGUUCCUGUCGGUUAGCAAGUCAUGGCACGCUUUCCUCAAAGGUCAUACUUUCACUAAAACAUACUCCCGCAGCAAUCUGCAUCGUGCUGAUUUAUCUGCCCUGGUUUUGGAUUGCCGCUAUAGAUUUCCUAUGGAUUGCUUUCUUUUCAAUCUCUCCGUUCUGCGUCUUGAUGCUAAAUGCAGUGUUUCUGAGCUCUCAGAAAUACCUUUGCCAAUGUCCAAACCGAGAUUUGUUUGUUCCAGCAACGCCUUGGUAUGCCUUGCUUCGGAUUCUGGGUCCAAUGUCUGUCUGUGGAAUCCUUCAACUAGGAACUGUAGGUCCAUUGCAGUCCCUGAUUCUAAUGAUCUGUCUUCAACCUGUAUGAAACUUGGAUAUAUUCAUGAAAUCAAUGAGCACAUGCUUUUGAAAGUGCCAAUUGGUCGGGGCCAUGGGGCUGAGGAGGGUCCGAAUCCGAAAUUGGUUUGGGUUUAUACGUUCAGUUUGGAUUACUGGAGAUGUAAAGAGACCACUAUCCCACCAUUUGAGUGGAGGCUUAUGGAAUCUUCUGUUACCCUAACCUUAAAUGGGGUUAUGCAUUGGUUUAAAAAUUAUAACAGAGAUACUAUUAUUUCAUUUGAUUUGAUGAAUGAUGUAUUCAACUCCAUAGCUGUGCCAGUCUCUCACUGCUUCCCGGAUGGAGAUUUCAUUAUUUCCAGAGAUCUUGUGGUUCUUGAGGGAUCCCUUUCUGUGAUUGUGCAUCCUGAAUAUAAUGACUAUGCUCCUGCUGGUUAUGAGAUAUGGGUUAUGACGGAAUAUGGGAUUGAGGAAUCUUGGACAAAAAAGUAUUCCAUUCCACCCUUUUCCACGUUCACAAGGCCAGUGCGAUUCUGGAAAGCCAAUAAGCUUGCCUUCAAUAGUUAUGAUUGGAUUGUUGACGAUUGCAACUCAAAGGAUACAGUCACUAUUACAUCAGGGAUUUUGUUGAAAGCUUGUAACAUGAAAAUGGAAGAAAUGGAGUACACGCCAAGAAAAUCUAAUUCCUGA